CCAGCCAAACGUGUGCUUCAUGAAGGCGUGUGCGAGAGCUGUCACCCAGAAAUUUCGAGCAUAAGGUAGAAAAACUACUUCGGAGGGUGUACAGAGCGACUGAGAGAAGAAGCGUUUUAUUUAGACGAGCAACAUGUCUGGUAUAAACGAAGACAGUGUACGAGGAGGGAACAUAAUCAAAGAUAUUGGAACUGAUGACGACUGGCAGCCCACAGAGAUCGAGAGCUUGUGCAUGAACUGCUACAAAAAUGGGACGACACGCCUCCUUCUCACCAGAAUACCCUUUUUCAAAGAAAUAAUUGUAAGCUCUUUCAAUUGUGACCACUGCCAUUGGUCCAACACAGAAAUCCAGUCAGCGGGAGAGAUUCAAGAUCAGGGGGUUUGCUACACGAUGAAGAUAAAAACAAAACAGGACUUGAAUCGUGAGGUGGUCAAAGCUGACAGUGCAACUUCCAGGAUUCCCGAAUUGGAUUUCGAAAUACCUCCUUUUACUCAAAAAGGCUCAUUGUCAACUAUUGAGGGGUUAUUAGACAGAGCUGUGGCAGGUUUGGAGCAAGACCAGCCCGCGAGGAGAAAGACUGAUCCAGAUGUGGCAGCCAGAAUAGACGAAUUUAUUCAAAAGCUGCAGAAGCUAAAAGAUGUGGAGGAGGAAUUUACAUUGGUUAUAGAAGAUCCUUCAGGGAACAGUUUCGUGGAGAAUCCUCUGGCCCCUCUAAAAGACGAAGCUCUGACAGUGACAAAGUUUAAGCGUACUAUUGAACAGGACAAACAGCUGGGUAUACGGCCUGAUGAUGAUGAUGAUGAUGAUGAUGAUGAUGAUGAUGAUGAUGAUGAUGGUGGUGAUGGUGGUGGUGAUGGUGGUGGUGAUGGUGGUGGUGCAGAAGUAGAUGAAAAGCCAGCUGCAGAUGACAUCAAUGCUAUGAGAAAUGAAGUUUUGGUUUUUGACACCAAUUGCCCCGAAUGCAACAGGUCGGCCAAAACUAACAUGAAACUUGUCAAUAUCCCCCAUUUUAAAGAAGUCAUCAUCAUGGCGACCAAUUGUGAUAACUGUGGGCACCGGACAAAUGAAGUCAAAUCUGGUGGGGCAACUGAGGAACAGGGUACUAAGAUCACCCUUCAUGUCACAGAUGUUUCAGACAUGACCCGGGAUGUGCUCAAGUCCGAGACCUGUGCCGUACUCAUCCCUGAACUCGAGUUUGAGUUGGGAAUGGCGGCACUAGGAGGGAAGUUCACAACCUUAGAAGGGCUUCUUAAAGACAUAAAAGAUCUGAUUGUGGACAAAAAUCCAUUCAUCUCAGGGGACAGUGGAGUCACGGAAACAAUUCAGAAGCUCAAAGAGUUUGGCGGAAAGAUUGAAAAAGUGAUAGCAGGUGAAGUAGAUGUUCACAUUAUUUUGGAUGACAUAGCAGGAAACAGCUACCUGCAAAAUGUGUAUGCUCCUGAACCAGAUCCAGAAAUGACAAUUGAGAAAUACACACGCACGUUUGAGCAGAAUGAGGAUCUUGGAUUAAAUGACAUGAAAACUGAGGGAUAUGAACAAGACAACUAAAAUGGCAAGAUAACUUUUAGAUGACCAAACAACCCAGUUCACUUAUGUCCCCUCUAUGUAAGUAAUAAGUUGACAUAAAUACAAGUAUAAGACAAGAGGGUAAUUUUAAGUUGUCUAAAUGUAAGACCUUGAUUUUUAUGUAAUACAAAGCCAGUAUGUAAAGAGCUUUUGUUUAUACAUCCCAGAGGAUGGUGCCAUUUUGUAUUUGAUGCAUCAUGAAACAGUUAACUGUUGAAAUAAAGCAAUUUAAUUUGUU